ACUCCGGCGGGUCUAUAAAACCGCACCGGCUAGUCCAUUGCCAACCACCACCGCACCUCACUCUCAACAUUUCUUCUCUCAAUCUGCCUUUCCUCGUACUCCUUCCGUUCGAAAAUACUUAUCAGCGGAAUGGAUGUAUCUAGACGUAUUUUAAUUUUAGAUACAUCCAUUUUUACGCAUUUCUUCGAUAAAUAUUUUCGAACGGAGGGAGUACCUACUAGCCACUACGUCGAGUGAGUGUCUGAUCGGUAGCUGCUAACCUAGCUAGCAAUGGCGGCCCGGAGAAGAGGCAGUGCCAACGUGGCUGUGGUGCUCGGCGUGCUUCUUCUCUGCACGCUCGUGGCGGAGGCGGCUGUGUUCAACGUGGGCGACCGCGGUGGCUGGUCCUUCAACACCAACUCUUGGCCCACCGGCAAGCACUUCAAGGCCGGCGACGUCCUAGUGUUCAAGUACGACGCGACGGCGCACAACGUGGCGGUGAGCGCGGCGGGGUACAAGGCCUGCGCCAAGCCGGCCAACGGCGCUAAGGUCUACAAGUCAGGCGCCGACCGUGUCAUCCUCGCACGCGGCACAAACUACUUCAUCUGCAGCAUCCCCGGCCACUGCCAGUCCGGCAUGAAGAUCGCCGUCACCGCCGCCUAGCCGUCCAUCGUCGAGCAGCAUCUUUACGUGACACGACGAGCGCAGCUUGAUUCCCAUAACAAAAUAAACGGCCGAGCGUACAUACUUCGGUACUAUCGAUAUCAGGUGCCCGGUCAGUGUAGUCGUAUUGAUUGCCGUACAGUGUGUACUAU